CUUACUUAAUUAUUUAUUUAUUCAUUCCUUGUUUUGUUUUUAAAUCUGUGAUGCGCCACCAAGGAACUCAUUUCCGCUUCUGCCGCUGGUGAGGCUCUUGGAAAUGCUCCCCUCCCAGCCAAUGGAGAUCCCCGGAUUCUGGCAGGGGGCUGUGCUUUCUGGUCAGCCCUGCCCCCACCCACCCACCCUGCACACAAAAGCACUGUAAUUAACCAUCUUAAGGAAACCGAGCCCCUGCCUGCUGCGAGCUGGACAGAAGAAAAUACCUUAGAGGCACGAGCUGCGACCAUGACAGGCGACACAGACACUGCAGAGAGAGGGGAAGCCGACCGCUAGCGGCAAGCCGCUCCCCACCCCUGGACAAAAGCGCCCCUCUGCGCCGGCCACAUUGCUCUGGGUGACCUUGCUUGGAUGCAGAGUCCGCCCCUGCGCGCAUCUUUCUUGGAUACUCUGAAGGCCCGGAGGCCGCGCUCAGAAAACCAGGGAUGCCGGGCUGCACCCGCUCAGGGCUCGCCCUUGUCUGAGAAUAACCAGGAGAGGCCGCGGAGGUAACUGGCAUUCACCGCCAAGAAUUCAUCCCUGCUUCAAGCUGGUGCCUCUUCCCGGCUCCCAUGGGGACCACAGAAGCCACACUCCGGAUGGAAAAUGUGGAUGUGAAGGAAGAAUGGCAGGAUGAAGGUCUUCCCAGGGCACACCUGGACGAGACUGGGAUGGCCUCGCUUGGCAGCCCCACGGAAGACACGUCUUCCCCUCCCAACACAUUGAACUUCAACGGAGCCCACCGUAAACGAAAGACACUGGUCGCCCCAGAGAUUAACAUUUCCCUGGAUCAGAGCGAGGGCUCCCUGCUGUCCGACGACUUCUUGGACACCCCUGAUGACCUGGACAUCAACGUGGACGACAUUGAGACCCCCGAUGAGACAGACUCUCUGGAGUUCCUGGGGAACGGCAAUGAGCUGGAGUGGGAAGAUGACACCCCCGUGACUGCUGCCAAGAACAUGCCUGGAGACAGUGCGGAUCUAUUUGGGGAUGGAGCAGCCGAAGAUAGCAGCACCGCCAACGGGCGCCUGUGGCGGACAGUGAUCAUCGGAGAACAGGAACACCGAAUUGACCUGCACAUGAUUCGACCUUACAUGAGGGUGGUGACCCAUGGAGGGUACUACGGCGAAGGUCUCAACGCCAUCAUUGUCUUUGCCGCCUGCUUCCUCCCGGACAGCAGCUCACCCGACUACCACUACAUCAUGGAGCAUCUCUUCCUGUAUGUUAUCAGCAGUUUGGAACUCCUGGUGGCGGAGGAUUACAUGAUCGUGUACCUGAAUGGUGCCACCCCCCGGCGGAGGAUGCCCGGCAUCGGCUGGCUGAAGAAGUGUUACCAGAUGAUCGAUAGGAGACUGCGGAAAAACCUGAAGUCCUUAAUCAUCGUCCACCCGUCCUGGUUCAUUCGCACCGUGCUCGCCAUCUCCCGCCCUUUCAUCAGCGUCAAGUUCAUCAACAAGAUCCAGUAUGUGCACAGCUUGGAAGAUCUGGAGCAGCUCAUCCCCAUGGAACAUGUGCAGAUCCCAGACUGCGUGCUACAGUACGAAGAGGAAAGGCUCAAGGCCAGAAGAGAAAGCGCGAGGCCGCAGCCAGAGUUCGUCCUGCCCAGGUCAGAAGACAAGCCAGAGGCAGCACUGGUGGAGGACAGGUCUGCUCCAGUCACAGAAGAUCAGGAAACAAGCAUGUCCUGAGGUGAUGAACAUGAAAGAAAAUUCCACAUACCAAGAAACCUCUGUCAGACACCCUCUGGCCCUAGAUCUCAUCCCCACCUCAUCCUGAAUCUCAGUCUUCGGAGAGUGCCUGCCUCCUCCACCCAUCUCUGAAACCCAGCAUCCUUCUUAGCUGCUUGAAAACAUUUUUUGUAAACGAUGCUGUAGUAGUGCAUUCUGGAAAAGGACCUGGUUCUCAGCCCUCCAACCCUUCCACACUCAUGAGCUCACAGCCAAGAAGGAAGAGAAGCACAGGGCACGGCCCAUGUGUCCUUGGUGGCCUCAGAGGCCCCUCCCACUGCACAAAGUCCUGGUUCAAAACCCUUCUCUUGCUUGUCACCUGGCCCAGGUUGGAGCCACAGAUGCCCACUGGCUUCCUAGCCGGGUCUGGAAUUCGUUCUUGUGCCUUUCCUCCCAAAACAGCCCCCACAACCCUGGACAUCUGGCCGGGAAGCUCAGCACCCCCAGCGGGGCCAUGCCUGGGCAUCUUCAACCUCAUGGCUUUUCAUUUGACUGGCCCCUUUCAUCUCUUACGACGCCCACCUCCUUUGAGAGCACUGGAGCCCACAACAUAAGUGAGAGCCGCCACUAAUCAUCCUUGCCCUCCAGUCGCAAAACCACCCACAGCCCCUCAAUCUAGAACAUUCUCAAGCCCCUUAACGUGGAUGCCAUGCCACAGGGCAACCUGAUCAAUACCUCCUACUAAGGGGAAUGAGCUGCUCCCACUUCUCCAAUCCCCCCAACGCAAGGUUGGAAUGUGCCCCUCAGGUUCCCACCAAGAACGGAGACUGAGAAGCCAGCUCUGAAAUACGCUCAUCCUGGAAACACAGACCAAGAAAAAGGAAGAAGCAGGGUAUCGGAUGUUUGUUGGAGUGUUUCAAAGGUCACCUGGGAAAAUACAUCCCAGUGGACUGGAUGCUAUGGCCAUCUGUGUUCAAAGGAGGCAAAUGUCACUUGACAAAAGACAGAUUUUUCUAAUGUGGCCCAAACACCAGUCAGAUUGCCUCUAGAGGCAGUGAGUUCCCCGUCUCCAGAGGUAUUUAAGAAAAGGCUGGACGGUGCUUGCAGAAAGUAGUCUCUGUGUCCCCUCCAAUCCUAAGAGUCUCUAUUUCUAUGAAAAGACAAAAGUUGAGUGGGUACACUCUCCGGGCAACCUCUUACUGGCUCUGUAGCUGGCUUCUUCAUGAAGUUUGGUUGACCUGCCCUUCAAUUUUCAAGUAUGAGGUUCUUGGCCUCAGCAGAAAUGCCAAAUGCUUCUUGAUCUGGGAUGGCAAGGGGUUGCGUUUGGAGCUAUCCUAACAACAGGAAGGAGCUAGUGGUGUUAGUGCUGAGAAAGGGAUGCCUGAUGCUUUACUGAGUAAGAGAGGGUCCUGUGCAUGGAGGGAAUGCCCCACCCCCAGCAGCUCCCACCUUGAAAACUGCCGGGCUUCUGAGUGGCUUUGGGCCUGCAUCUUCUGGGACCCAGCACUGCCCCUGUGAGGCAUAGACACUAGAGGGCUUGCUGGGGUUUCUUUAAUCUGUGGUUCUGGUGUUUCCUAAAUGUCAAAUAAAGGACAGGGACCCUGUUCCAGGCCAAGGUGAGUCACCUAGAGCCUGAGACAACAGCGACUGGUGGAUGGGCCUCUCCAGGCUGCCCUCCAAAAGGCUGCUCUCCAUCCUGGACCUUAAACUCCAGGUUCAGGUGGCCAGCGCUGCUCAUCUGAGACCAACACAUGGUCCCAAGAGCCCCCAACUCCCACCCCAGGAAAUGCAAUAGCUCCUGGAAGGCCAGUGCCUCGCUGCAAGAAAAAGAGGAGCCAGAGAUGGGAACUGAUUCAUUCUACCCAAUCUGACAAUUACUGAGUACCUGCAUGCAGAGGUGACAGACAGACAAAGGGGCAGACCCCGUCCAGCCCUCAAGGACUCUGCAAACUAAAGAUUCUGGGCACACAAAUUCCAGCAGGUUCACCAUGGCCCACCGCCACCCCUCCCCCCGACCACCAGCACCACAGACAACCGGGAAGCAGAACCAAGGACCCCAAUUCAGCCACAGCAGCCCUUCCAAAUCUAAGCGAGACCCCUGGGGAGACCGCCUCCAGGCUGGCCACCUGUCACAGAUAUGAGUUGGUCUGCUACGGUGUCCAGGCUGGCUGCUACCCACACCCUGUGAAAUAGGCUUUGUGAAAGAUUUGUAUCUGUGGGGCAGACUUGGCUAAAAUGCAAUGGACUCCAAGCCCUCGUCCUAAAGGGACGUUGGUGUUUUCAUCUUAUGAUACAUGGGAGCCUCAUAAGUCCUGCCUCAAAGUCACAGUUCACAGGCUCAUCCUUCCGACAGCAAGUUUUGCGGUUUUUAAAGACAAAAACAAUUCAUUAUGAUAACUGUUGUGAUGUGAAGACAUCAGUUCCAUAAACUUUGGGGGAUUUUUAUGUGAAAUAAACUAUAACUGAGAACAGA